UCUGCUGCCAACCUCUGCGCUGCCACACCAACCUCAAUUCGCAUGAUCGCAUCUACCGGGCCAGACCGGCAGCCCCGUCCGCUUAAGUAGCUGACGGCAACACUUGCUCUCCUCUGUCCUCUCUCCCUCCCCCUUCCUUCUGGUCGAGCCGGAGAAGAGGCAGCGAGAUCGAAUGGCUGAGGAGGCCAAGAACGCGGACACGGCGGCGCCGGCGGAGGACCUCGCCGAGGAGAAGGCGGCGGUGCCGGCGCCGCCGGAGGAGUCCAAGGCCCUCGCCGUCGUCGAGAGUGACGAGAAGCCUGCAGCUGCUGGUGCGUCACAGGAAAGAGACGCGUUUCUGACCCGUGUCGCCACCGAGCAGAGGACGUCGCUGAUCAGGGCCUGGGAGGAGAGCGAGAAGGCCAAAGCCGAGAACAGGGCGGCCAGGAGGCUGGCGAACGUCACCUCCUGGGAGAACUCCAAGGAGCAGCUGGAGAUGAAGAAGGCGGCGCAAGCGGAGAAGCUGAAGAACAGCGCGGUGGCGGUGCACAGGGCUGCCGAGGAGAAGCGCGCGGCGGCCGUGGCGCGGCGCGGUGAGGAGGUGAUCCGCGCGGAGGAGGCGGCGGCCAGGUACCGCGCCAGGGGCCAGGCGCCCGCCAGGCUCUUCGGCCUGGGGUAGCACGUAGCAGGACCACGGCUCCGCCGGGUUGCUCACGAAUCACGAUUGCUUGCGGCGCGCGCGCCGCGUCCUGCAGCGUGUCCUGUAUCCUCAUGGGGUUUUUUGGCAUCACGUUGCUGUACAAAACAUCUCUAGUGUACAUACUCCGUACAACAUACCUUGAUUCUGCUAUUCUUUGAUGGUGACGAGCCUGCAAAGCAUCUAUGCCGAUGUACCUAUAAAGAUGAAAAUUUAAACAUUAUUUUUCA